UAUUCCCAGCAGCAAUGUAUGAAGGUUCUAAUUUCUCCAUAUUAUCAACAACACUUGUUAUUUUCCUUUUUUUUUUUUGAAUAGAGCCAUCCUUGUGAGGAAAGCUCUCAUUUUAAAAAGUAGUAAGUUUUGCUCUGUUGCACACUAAAUGAUCAAACACUGGUAAAUUUUAGCAGUUUGCCUCUUUAGAUGGAUUGAUUAAAAUGCGAUGUAAGUAAAACACAGGUUGUGGGCUUAAUGUGUGCUGUGUCCACCUUCUGUUACCGUAACAGGCCCAGGUUUCUCACAGAUAAAUGCUAUUGGUUACAAGGAAACUGGACUAAAUCCUCUAACGCUGGAAGAACAAGUCAAUUCUGUGCCCUGCUAACAUGCUAGUUAUCAGCAAGAUAAUCUUGGCUUCAAGACAACAUAAUACAGACAUUGAAGCUUGGGACAAGAUAUUUAUCUAAUUUCUGUGGCUAAAUUAAAGACCUGCCAUGAUGUCGAAGAAAGAGACUGAAUUUGUCAUUUUCACCUAAAGAAAAAUGAUAGACAAAAAUCAAACCUGUGGGACAGGACAGGAUUCCAUGCCCUCCAUGACUUGUCUGAUCCACGUACUUGAAGAAUGGUUUGGUGUGGAGCAACUGGAGGACUACUGGAAUUUUGCAAACUAUCUCUUGUGGGUUUUUACACCACUCAUACUUUUAAUACUUCCUUACUUUACUAUCUUUCUUCUCUACCUUACUAUUAUUUUCUUACACAUUUAUAAGAGGAAGAAUGUAUUAAAAGAAGCUUACUCUCAUAAUUUAUGGGACGGUGCCAGGAAGACGGUGGCAACGCUGUGGGAUGGACACGCGGCCGUCUGGCACGGUUAUGAAGUUCAUGGGAUGGAAAAAGUACCAGAAGGGCCAGCACUGAUCAUUUUUUAUCAUGGAGCUAUUCCCAUCGAUUUUUACUACUUCAUGGCUAAAAUUUUUAUCCAUAAAGGCAGAACUUGCCGAGUAGUAGCUGAUCACUUUGUUUUUAAAAUUCCAGGGUUUAGUUUAUUACUUGAUGUAUUUUGUGCUAUACAUGGACCAAGAGAAAAAUGUGUUGAAAUUCUGCGGAGUGGUCACUUGUUAGCUAUCUCACCAGGUGGUGUUCGAGAAGCCCUGAUUAGCGAUGAGACCUACAACAUCGUGUGGGGUAAUCGUAAAGGCUUCGCUCAGGUUGCAAUUGAUGCAAAAGUGCCCAUUAUUCCUAUGUUUACACAAAAUAUUCGAGAAGGAUUUAGAUCCCUCGGAGGAACAAGGUUAUUUAGGUGGCUGUAUGAGAAGUUCCGUUAUCCGUUUGCCCCAAUGUAUGGAGGUUUUCCAGUGAAGUUACGCACCUAUUUAGGUGACCCUAUUCCAUACGAUCCAAAGAUCACGGCAGAAGAACUAGCUGAAAAGACGAAGGAUGCUGUUCAAGCUUUGAUUGAUAAGCACCAAAGAAUACCCGGAAACAUUAUGAGUGCUUUGCUAGAACGUUUUCAUAACAAACAAAAAAUCGACUAGAAGACUCUUUAAUACAUUUAUAUUAAUACGUUUAUGUCUGUAGGACUGUCUUCAAAAUUUUGUGGGUUCUGUAAUUAGUAUUUUUUAAAAAAUCAUGUUAAUAAGCAUCUUUCACUGAACUCGUUUAACAUUGUAUUGUCAAUUUUGUUUCUGCAAUCCAUUGUGUCAGAUUUAAACAAUAACUCGUUACAUGCCUAAUUAUUCAGAAAAUGAUCAUGGUUCUUUUUAUAAUUUCCUAAUAAUGUAUCAUAAACAUAGACUCUUAAAGUUAAGUUUAUUAAUAACAGCAAUGGAGGUUAAACAAACAUUCCUAAAUAAUGCAUCUAGUUUCUGUAUCUCUUGCACUGAGCUAGUUUUGCAAGGUGGCAUAACCUAGGGUUUAGUACAGACACUUCAGUUAGGAAAAAAAAUGCUCUUUCCUCUGCCCCUCAUUCCUCUCAUGACCUUGGGCAAAUCACAUAAUGUUUUUAUGCCUCAACAAUUCAAUUUUUAAAAACAUGUUAAUACUUUGGUGAGGAAUAUUGUUUUAAAUUCUUUAUAUUUGCUGUGAUUGAUAACUGUAGAACGAAAUUAUAACUGAAUUAAUUAAACAAUACCAACGUCUUUUAGAAGUUUAUGUAUUUUGUCCAUAGGAUGUUUAAAUUACUCCUUCAGGUAUGCUGUCAAGUUGCCAAGGACAAUGAAAAUGAUGUACUGUUUU